UUGUCAAUCAAAUUCUUCAGACCACCUUCAUCUCUUUGUCCUGUGCGUAGUGAGAGAAAAUCCGUGGAAGUGCGUGUUGAUUUUGCGAAUCUUGUAAAUUGGCAUUAGAGAGCAGGAAUCCGACGCAAGAUCGUGUGGUUCUGUCCUUCUCCCAUGCUUGUUCCUCAGGAAUAUGGUCAGCUAUCAAAGUGCACAAUGAUUUCGCAAUCGACAGCUGUUGUCUUUGGAGAUCUGCGUUUGUACAACUCUUUAGUAGUCAUGGGCUCUUGUGAGGGUACCGGCCGGGUCAACACCCUACGCCACAGUAACAGGGUCAAUAGAUCCCUGUUAUUACUCCAUCAAGCGACCAGGCCCCCUUCUCCCACUUGUGACCUGGUUCAAGGCGACCUCGUGACUCCAUCGCGAGAGUCAAAGAGGGUCGAUUUCCGUCUUUACUAUCUCGACCUCGGGUCCGUCGUCGGCGACGCGAGUCAAGUGCCGGUGUGCAUGAGCGUCGUCAGAGCCUGAACCCGUGAUGGAGACUCAGUACGUUUGCUUUGGGAGAAGUUGGC